UUCAUGGUUAUGACUACCACGGACUAAUGGUUAUUGUGUGAUAUUUAUAUCUUAAUCCGUGGAUAUUAAGUAGAAAAACUACUGGGUAUGGACUAAAUUAUACUUAUAUUAUAAUUAUAUUAUCAAUUGACUUAGAUUGAGUGUAUCUACAAUACAGUCUGUUACUCCGUCGCACUGUUGUCCGAGUCCUAUGAUGAAAUUAAACUUAAAAAUCCGUCUCAAAAUGAUAAUACCAGAAUCACAGCGCAUGCGCACAAUUGGCGGUGCGCCGGUUCAUCAUUCCUGUUGUGAGUUGUAACUUGUGGCAUACAGGCGCACUAGUGUUGUGCCGUUGUGGUCACUUGUGGAAAUUAUUGUGGAAUGUGGAUUAUGAGCAUCGACAAUGGGCUUUUUUGUAACGGGUUCAGUUCAGGAUAGCGUGAUUUCAAUUCAUACUUUCGUAAUUAAUUAUUCAUACAACCUUUAAAAGAACUAUAUUGUUAUCAUCGUCUACGUAACAAGUGCACUUGAGCCGUUUUUGUCCAUUCCAUUACUAUAGAUAUCUCACAAUGGAAGAAACUGUUGUCGAUUCAUCUGACACUAGAAUCAGCCAGCCUGCUGUUGGUGAAUGGAAAAAUGAUGAAAAUAUUUCCCAUAAUGAUAACUAUGAGCAGAAUAUAGUAGAAACACUAAAUGAUACCACUUUAAAUGAUAAUUCCGUGUAUGAAAAUGCUGUUAUAGAAACACAAGAAAAUAACUGUGACUUCUCUAAUAACGAAAACACACAAAAUACGUGGGUUACUCAAACUGAACCAAAAAAUCAUUAUGGUAAUAAAAAUAACUCUGGAUAUCGUAAGGGACCGGGAGGAUUUAAUAAAUCAAACAAUGGUAAUAAUUCUCAUGAAAACUCAUACAGCUAUGAUUCCACUUCAAAUAAUUUUUCAAAUAAUGGACAUGUACGUGGCCGUGGUCGUGGUCGUGGUCGAGGUCGAGGUCGAGGUUUCAUUAAAAGAUUUGAUGAAGAAAAUGAAUCAUUUAGGGAUGAAUAUGGCUCUGGUAUUGAUAAUCAUGGUGGUAACACUGCCCCGGGUCAUCGAGGUCGCGGACGAGGGUUUAAUCGUGGUAGAGGCGGAAGGCGUGAUCAAUCAGGAUCAGGUGGCUGGUAUGGGAAUAGUGAAGAUGGUCAUAAAAAAAAUGAAAAUGAUAAACCAACUAUUCCAAAAGCAGCUUACAUUCCUCCUGAUAUUGAAAAUGAAGAGUCUAUUGCUGGAAUUGAGGCAGGGCUUAAUUUUGACAAGUAUAAAACUAUUGAAGUAAAAGUGAGUGGAACUAACCCUCCAAAAAGUAUAACAUCAUUUCCUAGUUCUGGUUUGCGCACUAUUUUACUAGACAACUUAUCUAACUGUAAUUUCUCCACACCAACUCCAGUACAAAAUUAUGCAAUACCUAUUAUAAUUGAAGGCAGAGAUUUGAUGGCCAGUGCUCAGACUGGUUCUGGAAAAACUGCAGCAUAUGUCUUACCUAUUUUACAUAAUUUGCUGAAGCAACCAACACAAUUAGUUUAUGAUGAACAUCAUUGUGAACCGCAUGUAGUUAUUAUUGCACCUACAAGAGAGUUAGUUUCACAAAUUAGUGAAUGUGUAUGGAAAUUUAGUAAAGGAACUGAUAUUAGAAAUGGACUACUGUAUGGAGGUACCUCUACUAAUCACCAAAAAUCUAAACUCCUUCAGAGAGGAGUUCAUAUAUUAACUGCUACUCCAGGACGUCUGAAUGAUUUUGUUGAAAAAGGUAUUGUGACUUUCUCAUCAGUUAAGUUUUUUGUUUUGGAUGAAGCAGAUAGAAUGUUGGAUAUGGGAUUCAAACCUGAUAUAGAAAAAGUAUUAACAAAUUCGACUAUGACUUCCUUAGAAUCAAGACAGACAGUUAUGUUUUCUGCUACAUUCGCAAGUGAAAUACAACAUAUGGCCACUUCUUAUUUGAAACCAGAUUAUAUAUUUGUAGCUGUUGGGGAAAUAGGAGGAGCGUGUAAAGAUGUUGUUCAAACAGUAAUGGAAGUCACAAAGUUUAAAAAAAAAAAUGCAUUACUUGAAGUACUUAAAGAAAUGGACAAUUGUCAAGGUACAAUAGUGUUUGUUGAAAGAAAAAAAGUUGCAGAUUAUACAGCUGCAUAUUUAAGUGAAGUGGAUUUCCCUACUACAAGUAUUCAUGGAGCACGUGAGCAACCGGAACGAGAACAAGCAUUAAGAGAUUUCAAAACAAAUAAAAUGCAAAUUUUAGUGGCCACUGCUGUUGCAGCUCGUGGAUUAGACAUAAAAGGUGUGAAUUAUGUAGUGAACUUUGAUUUACCAAAAACAAUUGAUGAGUAUGUCCAUAGGAUUGGGCGUACCGGUAGAUUAGGAAAUGCUGGUAAAGCUAUUUCAUUCUUCGACCCUGAAUUUGAUGGUCCACUAGCUCCUGAAUUAAUUAGAAUUCUCAAACAAGCAGAUCAAGAAGUACCAUCAUUUCUAAAUGAUGCUGCUGAACGUAUUCUAGCUUCUCCAGCUAUUGACAAUUUCAACGAUAUAAGAAUGAAUGUUGAUGUCACAUCUGACCUGGUUGCUACUGAAGCAGAAGAAGAAGAACAGUGGUAGAUCAAUUGAGUAAUUAAGGAUUUAGAUAUACAAGAGUAUAAAUACAGAGCAAUUCUAAAAAUAUGAAUCGGUUAAUAGUAUUAAAAUUCAAAAAUCUAAAUUUGUUAUAACUUUUAAACAUGGUUCGGGACUUAAAGCAUUUGUUUUUUUAUUUGGCUCGACUUAUAAUCUGGCAAAGGAGCAGAGUACUGUGGAAAUGUAUGUCAUGUCAAUAUGAUUUUAAAUAUGAAAUUUCAAAUAAAAUAGUUUUUAAAAAAUAUAUUUUCUACUUUGAGAUAACAGACUGACAUCAAACAUUGACAAAAACCAAAUAAUUUUCUAACCUAAUUUUUUCAUCAAUGUAUUUUUGAUAGAAUUUUGCCUUUGAACUCUGUUACCUUUUUUUAGUAGUAAUACCCAACUCGUUUUUGUUUAUUUUUGCUAUCUGUUAUGUUUGUCACGGUUGGCCACCCCGGGCAAUAUGAAUAUAUCAAUGCUAUAACAUAUGAUUAUUUGAUUCUCGAGGCACGGUUUGCUGUAUUGUUUUUAUAUUAAUCUACAAAUUUAAAACUGGAAAGACAUAGUUAGUGAUAUUUUAAAGCUACAUAUUUGAUUUCGGGUCUGACA